CUUCAGCGAUCUAUUGGUUCAUUUUGACGUGUGAGACAUUCUGACUCUGAUUUGGCUGAAAUUCUGUCUGAAAAAGACUCAGUUUUCACUAAUGAUUACACAGAUAGGCUCAACUUCUUCUGAACGCCGAUGUGCAAUAUGCUCAAAACUUGGGAAUUCAUACAAUUAUGGGGUUCUAUCAUGCAACGCAUGUAAAAUGUUCUUUAGAAGAGCAACACUCGGAAAAUCGGAGAAGUUCUGUAUCAACAAUGAUAACUGUGAUACAAGUAAUCUUAUUCUCACGUGCCGACAAUGUCGAUAUAAUAAAUGUCUGAAAAUGGGAAUGAGAAUUGUCACUAAUCAAUAUGACAGUCUUGACGAUAUUAUCAAAGUUCUUGCAAAAUGGAAUUUGGAUCGUUCAAAUAAAUUAAUGAAUUUUCAAUGUUUUGAAGAUCCAACUUUGGAUCAAGUUAUUCAGAAACAUCCAGUUUUCACAAAGAAACCAUCAAAUUUGUCAUUUUCCAAAUCGGAAUGGGGAUUUAUGGAACAACUCACCACAGUGGAAUUUAUGAGUAAAUUUGAGUUUACACGACAUCUGUUUUCCGAAGAUUUUCGAAUUGUACUCAAAUCAUCUUGUUUCAAAAUUGCGUCUUUCAUUAAAGCAGUACGAUCAUAUUCAAUGAAAAAAGAAGAUAUCCGCUAUCCAGAUGGUGAACUCAUUGUUCCAAUGGAACUUGUCCCAUUUUGUACGUCCGAAUUUCUUGCAAGAGUUCAAUGUCGGUUGAUUGGUAGAAUCAUUGAAUUAAAAUUGAAAGAAGAGGAAUUUUUGUUACUCAUUGCAAUUUUCGUUUGCGAUCCCACUGCUAACAACUUGACAGCUCGUGGAAGAGAAAUACUCAGUUUCCAUCAAAAUGUUUACAAUGAUGCACUUUUACAAUUAUGUCUGAGGAAUGAAGGAUCUUGUGGUCCAGCUCGAUUCAAUGAUUUAUUGUCAGUCUGUCACGUGGUGAAUAAACACGUAGAAGAUAUUGGGCAGUUGUGCUUUAUGUUCAGUUUUCAUCCACCAACUACAAAAUAUAAGAGACUGUGUGCAGAACUUCUGGGAGCAUGAGAAUAUUUUUGAGAAUAAAUUUAUCUUUUUGUACUGUAUUUUUGUAUUUUCUGUAUAUCUGUAACUUUCCAAUUGGUUUAUGGAAUUUGUUUCCUGUGAAAUAAAACAUAUGGGGGCAAUUUCGAA